ACGCGAUGAAUGGAAAAAGGGGAGAAAAUAGAAAAAAUGGGGAAGGGAAAGGCUAAAUAUAAAAGGAGAAUUGGAUUGGGAAUUCGCAGAAUUGGGGUUUGGCAUUGGGUGCGUGUGACUGAAUCAAAGGAAAAUAGAAUUUGAGGGAAACUCAACACAACAGAUCACGGGAGAGAAGAGAAGAGAAAAAAAACCUAAAAAUCCCCUCUUACUUCACUAACUCUAUUCUAUCUGUAUCCGCAUGGUUAUACUGAAUUAUAUCUGAAAUCGGAUACAACUGCAAUAAGUUGAUAAUGAUUCAACAACUGAUGAAAGAUUGACACAUGGAUCCUGACAGCAAAAAAUUUGGAGGAGGACCAAGAGAGUUGACAGGUUCUGUGGAUCUAUUAAAUCAUUUCAAAUUACUCCCGCAUUUUGAGUUUUUCUGCAAGAGGCCACUUCCAGUUUCAAUUUCAGACGCACACUAUUUGCACAACGUAGUAGGUGACACAGAAAUCAGAAAAGGAGAUGGGAUGCAGUUGGAUCAACUUAUUCAGAAUACAUCUUUGUCCAGUGGUACUAAUUAUCGUAUACAGCCUUUGGACCUCGAUAUUCUAAAGGAGGCUUUUCAACUCAAGGAAACUGCUCCCAUUGAUUUACCUGCUGCCGAGAAGGGGAUUCUGACUGUUGCAGGAAAAUCAAAAGAUGAGUCUAAAGAUGAGAAGAAGCAUAAAAAGCACAAAGACAGGGACAAAGGUAAGGACAAGGAGCAUAGGAAGCACAAACAUCGUCUGAAAGAUCGAAGCAAAGACAAAGAAAAGGAUAAAAAGAAAGACAAAAGCAGGCAUAAUGAUUCUAGUGCUGAUCCUUCAAAGAAACACCACGAGAAGAAAAGGAAGCAUGAUGGAGAUGAUGAUCUUACGAAUGUCCACAAACACAAAAAAAGUAAGCAUAAGAGCUCAAAAAUUGAUGAAUUGGGGGCAAUAAAGGUUGCAGGUUAAAAUGGUUACACACUGUAGUUCUCUUUUCCUCAAAUGGUUGUCAUUUGAGGGGUCUGAUGGAGCGGUCUGAUGUCUAGGUGUUGUUCUUUUGUAUUGUUUUUAUUUUAGAGAUAGUUGAUGAUGCAUCUUUAGUUCUUUUUUCGGUCAUCUUAAGUACGAAUUUUAAUGUUUAUCAAUUGUAUUUGCUGAAUUAUUUGAGUCAUGCAUUCAAUUCCUAGUUAGAAGAGUAUCCACUCCUAUGUAUAUUAAAUGCAAAUGUACGGUAGAGCGUUUUUAGAAACUUCUCAUGAAUGAGUGUUUUUGGACACUUUUUUCAAUGAGAGCUUUUAGGAAUUCUUGUAACAUCAUAUCUAAUUCAAUAUUUAUUUAUCAUUUUUAUUUAAA